AUGGCCGCCGUGUUUGGCUACCUGCUGCCCACAGCGCCCCCCAGCCUGGUCCACGCCAUGACCACGGCAGCCACCCAGAAGCUGCAGCUGCUGGCGGAUGCGCUGGCGCUGGAGUUCAGCCAGAGUCUGGCCAGCGCGCAGUGUGCGGCCGCCCUUAAGCGGGUGCUGCCGGGACUCCAAUACCUGAGCAUCGCGGUGAGCAACCCCGCCCAGGCCGGCAGCAUCGUGGCAUCCGCCAACUGCGCCGCAGAGGGCCCCACCACCCUCCACCUGCACGACCCGAUUUCCUCAGUCGUGGGUCUGGCCAUGGAUCGCGGCCAGCCGCUGCAGACCAGCCUGGUUGGCGACGCGGCAGCCAAGGCUGUGCCCGGCCUUACCGACGUGCAACAGAUGGUGGCAGCCGCCCCCGCAGCCACGCACCUGCUGUGCAUACCCUUCGGCUGCGGCGACGGCGGCGACGGCGCGGCCGGCGCCGCGCCUCCGUGCGAGGUUCACGGCGCCGCGGGCAGCGGCACCGGCGCGCUGCUGUUUGGCCUGGCCGGCCCUCCAGAGCUCGAUGACAGGCGCAAAACCGCGCUGGCGAUGCUGGCCCAGUGCCUGCCCGCCCCCAUGGCCCGCCUCUCUGCCGACACCCUGGCAUUUGUCAACCUGGCCUGCGGCAACGCCGCGCAGUGCAGCUGCUGCUGCCCGCACGACAGCGACGGAGAGGAGGAGGAGGGCAUCGUGCCGGGCAGCCCCUGCGGCGACGACCGUCACCCCAACGGUGGCGGAGGCGCCGGCGCGCCCGGCCAGGCGCUGCGCGUGCCGGCGGCCAGCUCGCCGGCCGCUGGCGACAAGGCCGGGGCGGCGGCAGACCCGGACCGCGCCGGGCCCAGCUCCCACGGCUGGCAGGACCCGGCAGAGGGCAAGCGGCGGGGCAAGGCGGCGGCGGCCGCGGCCGCGGCCGCCGCCGGCGCCGCCGCCGCGCGCAUGCCGCGAGAGGUGCAGCCAGCCGCGCCGCCGCUGCGCUUCAGCAAGGCCCUGGUGGCUGCCGCCGGGGAGGGGGCGGGCGUGGCGGCACAGAACCCGCUGACCCUCGCCUUCCGCUCGCCUCUCAUGGAGCGGGAGUAUGGGCGGUGGGUUGCGCGGUACCACUUCAAGGUCGACCUCCUCUUCUCCCUGCUCCUGGCCACAGCGCUGACCAUCGUCUCCUUUGUGCGGCCGUACCGCCUCAUCGACCUCACCCCCGGCAGCAUGCUGCUGGGGCUGGGCAUGCUGCUGCCGCUGGCCGCCAGCUGGUUCAGCAGGCGCCUCUAUACAGCCUGGCGGGACCGCCUGGUGGUCGCCAUGCGGCUGUACGUUGUGGCCUUCAUCAACCUGGUGUCCCUCAGGAGCUACCAGGCCUUGCUGGCGCCGGAGCGGGUGCAGCAGUGGGUCACGUUCUGGAUGCUGACGGGGGCGGAGAGCCUGUGCGUUACCGCCCUGGGCUUCCCGAUCCGCAUGCAGCUCCACCUGCCGCUGCAAUUCGCGGCCAUGGGCGUAGCUGCCUGGAACCUGCCCCGCAUGUGCUCCGAGUGCUACCCAGACACCGACCCCGGCGUCUGCUUCAAGAGCAGCGCCACCAUGGCCGCCGUCUUUGGCUACCUGCUGCCCACGCUGGGCCUGAGCUACCUGGAGCAGCGCUCCCGCGCCGCUUUUGCCAGCCGCCUGCACGCCGCGGCCGCCCACGAGCGCUGA